CGGCAUCGUUCCUGCUUUCUCUGGCCACCCUGUACGAACGAAGGUCGCGGAGCGGACUAUUGCCAUGCGUGAAUUAUAGGGUUUGAAAAUCUUUUAAAAGUCAAAUUCUGCUCUCCUUGUUUCGGAAGGACCCCAUUACGGCAUCUAAAAAUGUAACCUGUGUUACGCCAUUGUCAUGCAGUCUGUUCUUAUGUAUGGACGGCUUUUAACGCGUGCCCUUGCAAAUGGAGUUUUUAGUUACACAAGCUCGGGCACAGAAGCACGGCACAUCUGCGGCAAAAGUGAUCUGCGGCUGCAUACGGCAACCUGCGGGUUUCCAAAGGAAAAGAAUCGAUUUUCUAUAGGCCUUUCAGGAAGAGGACAAUUCGGGGAUGAUGCGUGUUUUGCUGUAAAGUACAAGAGUUUCGAUGUCCUGGGUGUAGCUGACGGCGUUGGAGGAUGGCGGACGUAUGGCGUGGACCCGUCUCUGUUCUCAACAGCAUUAAUGCGCACGUGUGAACGAAUUGCUUGCUCGGGAAAGUUCAACCUCAACUCACCUGCAAGCAUUCUGGCAUCUAGUUACUACGAACUUCUCGAAAACAAGAGGCAAAUAAUCGGUAGCAGCACAGCGUGUGUGCUAGUGCUGAACUGCGUGGAGCGUGUCCUGUAUUCGGCAAACAUUGGUGACUCUGGGUUCCUGGUUGUGCGCCAGGGCCACGUCGUGCAUCGUUCGCAGGAACAGCAGCAUUACUUCAACACACCUUUCCAGCUAUGUCUACCGCCACCCGGUGUCAGCCAAUUUGUUCUCAGUGACAGUCCUGAUUCCGCUGCAACAUCAUCCUUUCCUGUUCAAGAAGGGGACCUUAUAUUGAUGGCUACUGACGGCCUGUUCGACAACCUCCCAGAAAACAUGAUUGUCAGCGAGCUCGCUCAACUUAAGGACGUCGGUCUGGAAAGUAUUCAACAGACAGUGAACUCGCUUGCUCUUCAGGCGAGGAGGCUGGCAUUUGAUGAAGCCCAUUUAUCUCCAUUUUCACUGAGGGCCAGGGACAAUGGGAUCGAAGCCAUUGGGGGAAAACCAGAUGACAUUACCAUCCUCCUUGCAGCAGUGAGUUCAAAGCACGGCAGUUACAGGGAGACACUCAAGGCAUCAGUAGUGCAUAAUGUAUCGCUCGAUCACGGAUGAAGAAGUACCCUUCAGCAGUACAGUAAAAAAUUGUGUAGGUUCUAUUGGUGCCAGUUUUUGCACUGAGGGGCAAAAAUUGUAUGUAUCUUUUUACAUUUUAAAGGAAUUGUCCUGUUCCACACCACCACUUAAGGGGGACCUGUAUAUAAUGUGUUUGCGCAGAAAGUAACAGAAAAGUAAUAAAUUAUAAUUUUAGUCAGACGA